CCACCACUUUCUUUUAUUUUUCCGAGUCUGGUUUUGGAUUUCAGAAGAGCAGGUUUGCGGCGAGCAGUGAACUCUUCAGUAUGACUUUUGGCGGAUAUUAAAACAACGCUCUAUUUGUUUCCCCCUUUGCAUCAGGAUUAAAGGAAUCCCCAGGGUUCUCAUGCGUGAUGUUCAACCCACACAUCCAUCAGCAGCAGCAGCAACAACAACAACAACAGCAGUUCCACCAACACCUGCGACAGCUGCAGCAACUUUUCCAACAGCAGCCUCCGCCUCCGCCAGCAGCCCAGCCGUCUGCCGCUCACCAUGUCGGUCAUCACCACCAGACUCCGCGCACCAUUCCUGUUCCAACUCAGACCGGCCCUCCGCCUAGGAUGGUCAACAUGUGCCAGACGACCCAAACAACCCUUAUCGCCCCCAAUCCGAUGCUGCAGAGUGCUAUCCUGAUGCAGCAUAUGCAAGGCAACAUGCGGGGCUUUGGGAUGGGGGGGCAGCAGUUCAGACAGUUCUUCGCGGCGGGGGCCCGGUCAUCACUGCUCGGGCCAGUCCCCAUGGGAAUGACCCUCAAAUCCCACAUCAUGGGUUUCCCGGGCGCACGACCGUUCCACCCACACAGUCGCUUCUUCAACGCCGCCUCCACCGCCGCAGCUUCUUCCUCCUCUUCCUCCAGCUCUACUACAGACGCCGCAGCUCGCCAGUCGGACAGGAAGAGGGAUAACGAUCAGGUGGCUGGAGGAAGCACCGACAACCAAUCAGCAGCAGCCAACAGUACAGAUGAAGCUACCGAUGAGACUGCAACAGAUGGCGCCGUGGAAGGAGACAGUAGCCAGAUGUCUGAGGAGCAACUUGAAGAACCCGUAACAAAGCGACAGAAGACUGAAGGGUCAGAGGAACCUCAAGAGCAGCGUCUGCUUGAGCAAGUCACAGCAGCUCAGUCAGAGAGCACCGACAGCGCAGCCGGCACUCAGUCAGAAGGCUGCAUCAGUCAGGAGGAUGGGGACUUUAGUGAGGGGCCGGAUGAUGUGGUGAUGGAGGAGACCAAAGCUGAUGACGCCUUGGGGAGUUUAUCAGCUCAGUCACCCUCCGGUGGAGCGAGCGAAGACGCCGAGCAGGUAAACCUACCAACAGAGGAGACCGCACAAGACAAAGACGCCUCGACGGCUUUCCCGGAGAGCCAGGACGAAGAAGCAGCGUCUGAGGGUUCAAACAAGUUCUACUGCUACCUCUGCAGCAUCACCUGCCACAACCAGCAAAACUUCAGGAGUCACAUGAACAGCAUUUCCCACCAGCAGAGGAUGAUGGAAAUCCAACACAUGAGCAACGCCUGCCUGGUCACCCUGCUUCCACGGGUGCAGGAGUCUUUACAGGGUGCUAGCAAAGAUGGGGACAGAAAGGCAGACUUAAAGCAAUGGUGUGCUACAUGUCACACCCACUUCACGUGUAGCAUGGUGGACCAUCAGUCCUCAGAGGAACACAAGCUUGCUAGUAAAACCGACCUGUCCUUCUGCGCUGUCUGCCAGAAACGCUUCAAGACCUCCCAGAGCUUUUUAGAGCACCUGUACUCUCAGGAACACAGGCAGAAGAUCCAGGAAAGAGGCUGCGAGACUUUGGCUAAGCUGACCAACUUGGGCACAGAUGGCUUUUCAUUUGAGGUGGAAGCCCAGGAAUUGCAAAAGAGUAAAGGAGACAAAAGAUUCACUCAGGAUGACUGGUCCUCCACCAAUGAGGUGACCCUAAACGACAUGACCAGCGACAAGCAGUAUGACCCUGACACCGUCUACGGAUCCAGUUUUUUGGAUCCAGUGGCAGGUUUCAUCUGCAGGCUUUGCAACAGGUUUUACCUCUUUGAAUCCUCUGCCCUGCACAGCCACUGCAAGUCACUGCAGCACUUUGAGAACCUUAAGAGCUACAAAGCGAUGGUUGGUGAAAAAGGCGAAGAUGCUCAGCACUCAACAAAAUCGCCCCCAGCAGCGGACGGCCUCAGACCCGUAACACAAACUGCAGACUGUUCACGAGAAAAUGUGCUUACUACUGACACAAGUGAAGCCGCUGACCUAACCUCGCCUGUUUCGGUCACCAAACUGAAAACGCAGGAAAAAAACCAGCUGAGCGAGAACCAAGCAGAGGCCAGCUCGACCCCUCAGCACUUCACCCUCUCAGCGACGAGCGACGAAAACCCCGACCAAGAGCCCAGUUCUGACCAGGAGAAGGGAGGUAAAGCGUCCCAGGUGUCUGCACCUGAGGAAAGUCCAGCUGAGCUUCCUGCUACCAGCAGCGAGGCCGCAGACUCCCAACCUGCUGAGGUUUCAAACGGAGAGGAAGAGGAGGAGGAGGAGGAAGCUCCUGCUGGCCCUGGGAGAAAGAGCUGCGGAGGAAGGGCGAAAAGCGCAGCUAAAAGACGGUCAGCGCGAGCCACGAACAGACGCUGAGUCUGCAGCGUGAUGUAGGAAGGAAAGCCCGUCUCUUCUUACUGGAAGGUGUAAGGGAACCACACCAAAAAAAAAACAUGAAGACUGGCUACUGAAAGCGGUAGAACAGAACCUCGUGCGGAUCUCCCUCCGGGUGGGAAAGUAACGGCUGCUAAACGGAGGUUAUUGCCAUCAAUUGUGAAUUAGGCUUUAUUUUUGGCUAUUAAAUAAAUAGAAUGUUAUUUGGAUGCCAU